AUGAUAGAAUCAGUGCAUUCUCCAGUUUUAGAUAACCAUAAUUUCAAAGAACGAGAUGUGCAUGAGAGGAAUUAUGGGCGGAUCCACAUAACAAAAAUUCGAGAUUCAGAAGCAGGAGGCCUUCACAGUGUUAAGCACGAAGAAUACUUCCACGGGUUUCUGCCAAAAGAGCAGGCUUAUGAUCUACUGACUAAGGUGGGAGAUUUUCUGGUUAGGCAGGCAGUCAGAGUAGAAAAGAAGUCAUCCGCGCCAGAAUACUUUAUAAUCUCCGUCCGGAAAAAUGAAGCGACAGAGAAGGAAAAGGCGCAAGAGAAGACUGAAGAAGAAAUGGAGGAAGAGAAGAAACAACGUGAUGAGAAUGAACUUAGACAUAUACACAUUAAAUAUAGCCGACGUGCGAAGCUAUACUAUGUGAGACUGUACGGUUUCAAGUGGGUUUCGGGUUUGAUCGAAUACCAUCGGAGAUAUCGCAUACCGUUAGAUGAAGAUGGAACGAUUAUCAAGAAAGCGGUUAAGCGAGCUGAAUGGCAAUUGAACCAUGAACAGAUUGUGAAGACAAAAAAGCUCGGCGAUGGUGCAUUCGGUGAUGUCUACAAGGGCAUACUUCGCUGUGGAUUGAUAGAGUCAAAGGAUGUGGCUAUAAAGACAAUCAUUGGAUCGAUUUCUUCAGAGGAAAAUGAGAAGCUGUUUAGAGAAGCCAUGCUCAUGAAGCGACUUGUUCACCCAAACGUGAUUAUGCUGAUCGGUGUCGCAUCGAACGAGGAGCCUGUGAUGAUAGUAAUGGAGUUUGCACAAGAACCCCAGUCCGGUGGCUCUGGCGUUGACAUGGUUCGAAGGAAUAGGAAGCUUCCACUUCCCUUAUUCAAAUUUGACUCUGAUACUAUCACCACGCACAUUUUUGUCCGCUUUAUUAUACAUUUUAACAUUAUUCAAUUCUUCCAUUCAUUUCAUUUUACCGGCGGUUCCGUUCUCGAUGCUAUACAAGCAAAGCCGGGCCCAACUAUAUUCACUCGCAUCAAGUACUGUCACGGAGCUGCACUUGGACUUCAGUACUUGUCAGAACAAGGAAUUAUUCACCGAGAUGUUGCGGCUAGAAACUGUCUUAUUGGGAAAAAUGAUGUUGCAAAAAUUUCCGAUUUUGGACUUAGUAUCGUGGGAACACAGAAGAAGGAAAAGACACUAAAAAAGGUACCUGUACGAUAUCUAGCUCCAGAAACUCUUAAAAAACGAGAGUAUACUGUGAAGACGGAUGUGUGGAGUUUCGGCGUUUUCAUGUGGGAGGUCUUUCAUGAUGGCAAGGAACCGUACGCUGAAAUGAACGCAAAAGAAGUCAGAAAAUACGUGCUAAGUGGCAAUACAUUGGAUAAUGAAUCCGAUCACUAUCCACAACACAUGUGGUCGAUUACAGUAAGUUGCUUCGCCCACGAUCCUCAGUCUAGGCCAAGAUUUGACUCGAUAGCGGCACAAAUUUGGACAGGAAUAGAUGAGUUCAAAGAACAUGACAAGAUGCUCUCAAUGAUCAAAUUUUGGUGA